UGCUGCUGGGUUGGUGAAAUGAGUAACGUGAGUCCUUGGAUCCAAAUGUGGAGCUGGGCUGUGCUGAAUCCAUCUGCUCUCAGCUGUACCUGGGUUUUUUUUAGGGAAAACGAGGGAAGCUGAUCAUCCUCCCCUGGAGAAAGGAUAAAGCCUUCAGAAACUCUGAACAGGUGCCCAUGUGCAGCCCCAGCAAAUGUCCAACAGCAGCUCCAUCAGCCACUUCCUCCUGCUGGCACUGGCAGAGACGUGGCAGCUGCAGCUCCUGCACUUCUGCCUCUUGCUGGGCAUCUCCCUGGCUGCCCUCCUGGGCAACGGCCUCAUCAUCAGCGCCGUAGCCUGCGGCCACCACCUGCACACGCCCAUGUUCUUCUUCCUGCUCAACCUGGCCCUCAGCGACCUGGGCUCCAUCUGCACCACUGUCCCCAAAGCCAUGCACAAUUCCCUCUGGGACACCAGCACCAUCUCCUACACAGGAUGUGCUGCACAGCUCUUUUUUUUUGCCUUUUUCAUCUCAGCAGAGUUUUCCCUCCUGACCAUCAUGUGCUACGACCGCUACGUGUCCAUCUGCAAACCCCUGCACUACGGGACCCUCCUGGGCAGCAGAGCUUGUGCCCACAUGGCAGCAGCUGCCUGGGCCAGUGCCUUUCUCAAUGCUCUGCUGCAAACAGCCAAUACAUUUUCCCUGGCCUGGUGA